AUGUCUGUAAGAGUUGUUGCAAGGAUACGUCCUCUCCUACCAAAGGAAUUGGAUAAAGAUACCAUCGUGCGCGCCGAGAGCAGUCAAGACAGCAAAACUUUCAAUGUAGUCCGGAUACCGAACCCUAAAAACGAGUCGGAGGAGUUCAGCUUUACCUUCAAUGGCGUCUACGACAUGGGAACAUCACAAGAGGAGUUAUUUACGAACGAGAUUGCGCCCACGCUCAAAUCAUUGUUCCAAGGACUCGAUGUUACACUGUUUGCAUACGGGGUUACUGGGACAGGAAAAACACACACAAUGCGCGGCGGGACGAAGUUGGCAGACCGUGGAAUUAUACCCCGAUUAUUGAGUGGAAUUUAUCGACGCGGUCGUAAGGUUGCCAAGGAUUCCGAUGAAGAAACAUCGGUCAAUGUUAUGUUAUCUUACUACGAAAUAUAUAACGAUAAAGUCUUCGACCUUUUCGAAUCUCUGGAUAAACGAUCUCUUGCUGGUUUGCCUCUUCGAGAAAAGGAUGGGAAAACAAUAGUUGUUGGACUAUCAGAAAGGUCCUGCAAUGAUCUAAACGAUUUCGAAAAGUUAUAUAUCGAAGCCAACAACAAUCGGAGCACAGCGGGAACCAAACUUAAUGCGCAAAGUAGUCGAAGCCAUGCCAUUCUGAUGGUUAAGGUAACACAGACCACUGGUGAUGGGAGUUUGGUCAGUACCGCAUCCGCAAUUGAUUUGGCGGGAUCAGAGGACAACCGGAGAACAGAUAAUGGCAAGGAGAGAAUGAUUGAGUCUGCAAGCAUCAACAAGAGUUUGUUUGUGCUCAGUCAGUGUAUUGAUGCUAUCGGCAGAGGCGACAAGAGAAUUCCAUAUCGAGAAUCCAAAAUGACACGAAUCCUUAGUUUGGGUCAAAACAAUGGUAUCACUAUAAUGGUUUUGAAUCUUGCACCCUUACGUUCAUACCAUCUAGAUACUUUAUCUUCUUUGAACGUGAGUUCAAGAGCCAAGAGGAUAGAGGUCAGGGAGAUUGAGAAUGAAGUGGUGUUCACGCAGCUACCCAGAAAACCAGCGGGAGCCAGCAUGCAGCGACAGCCAUUGAGACCUAUCACGAAUUCACAUAACACUGUAACCAACCCAGCCGAAAAGGUAGAUAAAUCCGCCAAAGCCUUCUCUGUAUACACAGAUAAAAGCAAAGCAACUGUUGCCCGACCAUCGAACAACACUCAACCGCUCCGCAGCUCGAAUUUGAAUAAGAAAAGGCCAUCUGAUGGGGUUAUCGGCUCACGGAUUACCAAAAUCGCCAGGCCUGCGCCUUCCGGAUAUAAAUCGACUACAGCUGAUAUUUCGGCGGCGAAGAUUGAGGAAAUGGUUGAGCGCAAGGUCUCAGAAAUCCUCGCCAACCGUGCUUUACAACAGACAUCAAACUCGGCACCCACUGAGAUUAGUGAGGCGGUUCAGAAAAGACUGGAGGCAUUGGAAAAGAAGAUUGAUGAGAACUCGGCAGAAGAUGCAAGGUCGGAAGGGCUCAGGUUUCUGCUCAUGGCGAGACAGCAUAAAGAGCGCGGUGAAGAGACCAGCGCUCUAAAGAUGUAUGAAAUGGCUCUUCCUUUCUUCCCUGGCCAGGAGAAAUUGCUGAAGAAGAUUGAGUAUCUCAGAACCAAAAUCCAAGAAAGAAAUACUGGUGUAGCAGCCAAGCAUGUACCGGUAGACACAGAUAGACGAAAGCCUACUGCUCCAUUCUUACAGCUACCAAACCCCGCCAGUUCGUUUCAACAAGACGAAGAGGAACCACGACCAGUAUCACGAAAGGGCUCAGUAUCCUAUGUCGAGUACGAUGCGUCCUUUGUCCACCAGGAAGAGAAUCACGAAGAUGAUGAUAGCUUUCCAUAUCGAGCCACCAAGUCAAAAAAGACAAAAUCCAAACCGACAAUCAAAUUACAUGUAUUUAACGAUGAAUCAUCUAUUGGCCCGCUGGACCCUCUCACACCUCGAACCAGACAUUUAUUAGAUAUCGUCAACUCCAGAGAUGUUGCCAUGAUCAGAGGCCUUUGUGGAGUAGGUCCCAAGAAGGCUAGAGACGUUGUUGAAUUUCUAGAGCUACAAAAUGAGGAUGACGGCGGUCAGAUCAAGACUUUACAGCAGCUCAGAGCAAUUCCAGGAUUGGGGAGCAAAACGGUAGAACGGGCGUAUGAUGGGAUUGGAUUGUUGGUUUGA